AUGGAACGGGCUUUCCAGACCGCGCUGGCACUGCUCCGACCCGAGGUCGUUUUUAUUCUGGGAGAUGUGUUCGACGAGGGGAAGUGGAGCUCUCCAAAGAACUGGGAGGAUGAUGUCUGUCGUUUCCAGAAGAUGUUCAGACAUCCCAGUGACACAGAGCUGGUAGUUCUGGUUGGAAACCACGACAUCGGCUUCCACUACGAAAUGGACUGGUUCAAGUUACAGCGCUUUGAGAAGGCCUUCAAUACCACCUCCACCAGAAUGGUCACCAAGAAAGGAGUGAACUUCCUAUUGGUUAACAGCAUGGCGUUGCAUGGUGACGGCUGUCCUAUCUGCCAAUCAGUGGAGAAACAGCUGUACACACUGUCCAGGAACCUCAACUGUUCAUUACUGCAGAAUUCCCAGUCCAGCAUUAUCAAAGAAUUCUGUCGAGACGCAUGGACCUACCCUCCUACACCACCCAUUAUCCUGCAGCAUUACCCUCUGUACCGGGUGAGUGAUGCGGGCUGUACGGGUCGGGAUGCUGCUCCUCCUGAAGAGCGCCACCUGCUGUUCAGAGAGAAGUAUGACGUGCUGUCUCAGGAGGCCUCUCACAGGCUGUUGCAAUGGUUUAAGCCCCGCCUGGUUCUCAGUGGCCACACCCACAGCGGCUGUCAGGUUCUCCAUGACAACCGGUACACAGAGAUCAGUGUUCCGUCCUUCAACUGGAGGAACCGCAACAACCCCAGCUUCAUCCUGGGUUCUUUCUCUCCAAGCGGUUACGGCCUGUCGAAGUGUUUCCUUCCAGAGGAGAGUACGGUGAUAGCUCUGUACUGUUCUACCGGAGCCAGCCUCCUCCUCCUCCCUCUGGUCGUGUGGAUAAGAGGUCUUCUCCAGUGCAUCACCUUCUGUCCCAUCAGCAAACACAAGUCUCUCUGAUCGUCUCAG